AUUGAUUUAAAAAAAAAACUAAAAAAAUUUGUUCCAACUUGGAACGGUGAACAACAUCCACCGCCCCGACACCUCAGUGAACGCGCCAUAAACUCCGAUUUUCUCUCCUUUUCUCUGCGAAAAAAUGACGAACCUCAAUCUGCUCCGUAAGGCGCUUGGAUCGCACUUCAUUUCUCAUUCAGCAACGCCAAAUCAUGGCCUUCCUGUGUUUUUCCGCCAAUCUUCAAGAUUCUUCUCGAUGGAAGGGGAACAAUCACCUCCUGAAUCGUCCGCCAAUUCUUUUCUUGAUACAUUGGAAACAGCAGGUUUGGUGUAUGGAAAAUUGUAUGGUAUCACAAGGAAUGUUCUCAAGACAGACAUUGUCAAUUUGCUUGAAGGAUGUAAUUUGAGUUUGGAUGAUGUCAAAGUUGAAUACAACCGGAGUUUCACGCCAACCUCUAUGAUGAUGCAAUUCCCCUCCCGGAAGUCCUAUGAUAAUGCUUUUCGAGUGAUUGGAAGAAGAGGUCGCAUAUACAGAUUGGAGCGGGCUGAUCGUUCGCAGUGGGACCUUCUUUCACCUUACAAUGGAAAAACUGUUCUUCUGCAAGGAAUACCUCGAAAUGCAGCGCUAGAUGACGUGGAGCGCUUCUUAUCUGGCUGUGACUAUGAUGCAACCUUAAUCAAUAUGUUUUUCAGGGCAUCCAUUCCAGAGCCCAUCAGAAUGGCGACAGUGCUGUUCCCUUCACCAACACAAGCAAUGCAUGCAUUUCUUACUAAGAACAGAGGCUUUUGUCUGAACAACCAAAUUUUGAUGCGGGUUCUCCAAUAACUAGUUACUGUUGUCAUCUAUAUUCUACACAUUUUUGGUUGGCUCGGUGUCUGGGCGU